GGACGUGGAGACGCGUGACGUUUGUACGCGUGACGUGGAAAAUAGUGGACAUGACGUCGCAAACCAACAACAACAAAGAUGGAGGCACGUUACCUCGGGUGACUGUAACGUUACUGUCGCCUAGUCUGUCUAGCGGUCAACUAGCUAUUCCAGCGCCGCGGACCAACCGGUCCCAGACAUGAGCUCUCUAAGCUACUUCACCCCCGCCCGAGAAGAAGAGCUGCUGUGGUCGGGAAACGCAGGCGCAGCCACCGGACCUCAACCCAGCACCCUCGGAGGAGAGGAGGCACGGCGCUUCUAUCAAAGCCUCAUAGAAGAAGGGGAUGGAGAGGAGAGACGAGGAAUGGGGCAGAGGGGGAGAGAGAACCGCAGGGGGAGAAGAGCAGGGCAGCACGUCCAGGCUAGCAGGCAGCAGGCUAACACCACCAGUACUACCACAGAGCUGGAGGGGCUAAGACUGCUGCGUUGUGCCCAGGAAGGAGACCUGUCUGGGGUGAGAGGCCUGCUGUCCCGGGGGGUGGAUGUCAACUUCCAGGACAGCUGGUGGUGGACAGGUGUGAUGUGUGCAGCGGCGGCUGGGCAGCGGGGUGUCGUUAGGCUCCUCCUCCAGCAGGGGGCGGCGUGGGUGGGCGUGGUCGACACGCAGGGCCGGGACGCCAGGGAGCUGGCUAGGAUGGCGGGGCAUAGUGGGGUCCUAGAGGAACUGGACCACUACGGGUCUCCGGAGGACUGUGACCGGCCUGGGAGACAGAGGGGUCAACACAACCAUUACAGGAGAGAGACCCAGGACCACCAGGACCACAGUACUCCCCCAGCGGUACCAGCAGUCCAGACCCAUCAGAACCAGUCCACCCAGAAUCAGACCCAGUGGUGUCCAGUCUGCAGUGUCCUGUCCUCUCCUCCGGAGACACACCUCUCCUCCACCCUCCACCUAUUCUCUCUCUCCCGCCUGCCCCCUCCCCACUACUGGGGCCUCCCCCUCCACCCCGCCUACCAGAUGAUGCUGCGCUCUGGGUGGACCCGAGGGGGCUGUUACUCUACUGGGGAGGGUCACAAACGGGUUGGACUGUUCCUGAAGAGGGACAGUAGAGGCCUGGGAGAUGGACCCACACCCCGACCCAAGGUCACACACUUCCAACCCAAAGACCCGCAGGCAGUCAGACGGACGGGGAAGGAGGGUCGGGGGGAGAGGGGGAGGAGGGGGAUGAAGGAGGAGAGCAGGAGGGAGGAGAAGGACAGGAACUGGGAGAGGGACUUCCGCUCUUCCUUUCACACCUUUGACCCCUGACCUCUAAAUGCUGACCCAGGGACACCUGUUAUAGUCAGUUUCUCUCUAGUGUACACUCUCUCUCUCUCUCUAGUGUACACUCUGCUCUCUCUCUCUCUAGUGUACACUCUGCUCUCUCUCUCUGAUGUAC